UAUAAGGGUUAAUUUACCCAGUACAGAGGCCGAAAUGCAAUCCUUCCCUAACUGCAGUGGCUUCCCUGGUAUUUUACCAAAAUAAUAUCAUACUAAUUUACAUAAAACUCGGAGUCCGGAUAACGAAGCUGUACAGAAACCAGGCACACAAUGUCAAAACGGUGUCGUAUUCAGUUGCAGUCUCCUACGUCGUGGUACAUCUCCGGUGGUGACUGAUUCAUCAUAGACGGUCAACUCCAUCUCAGCUCAACCUCUGCAACGCUUUACCCUUCAAAACAACGAAAAAAGGGGCGGCGGUCAGGGGGAAUCCCUAUAUUUUAAUCCACACUAAUAUUCUCUUUAUGGAUUUCGAUUUUCAAUUCUUUUGACGAAGAAGACGAAGAUUUAUAAUUAUAUGAUGUCAAAGAAAGCCAGCAACUGCGCUAUUUGCGACAAUUCAAAUCGCGCUUCUAUUUGCGCCGUUUGCGUCAAUUACAGAUUAAAUGAGUAUAAUUCUUUGUUAAAAUCAUUGAAAAACCAUCGUGAUUUGUUAUAUUCAAAAUUAAACGAACUGAUUGCCGCAAAGGGGAAAGCUGAUGAUCAACUGAAUUGGAGAGUUCGUCAAAGCGAGAAGCUAACUAACUUGAAAGAGAAGCUUCGUCGAAGCAAGGAACAAUUAGCUCAAGGUAAGGUUAAGAUUGAGAGAGUGUCUCAUGAGUUAAAGGUUAAGUAUGGAGUGCUUAAAUCAGCUCGUGGCACGUUGGAAAAGAAUCGUGUGGAAAAGCUCGAAAAGUUCUAUCCCAAUCUUAUUUGCACACAAAGCCUGGGGCAUAUGGCAAUUACCUCAGAACGCCUUCACAAGCAAUCGGUUGUCAUAAAACAGAUAUGCAAAUUGUUUCCCCAACGUCGUGUACAUUUAGAUGAGGAGCGAAGAGAUGGAUCUAGCGGUCAGUAUGAUCUGAUUUGCAGUGCACGCUUGCCAAGGGGGCUUGAUCCACACUCUGUUCCCACAGAAGAGCUUGCUGCCUCGUUAGGAUACAUGGUACAGCUUCUAAAUCUUGUUGUUCAUAAUUUGGCUGCUCCUGCUCUUCAUAACUCAGGUUUUGCGGUAAGAACUAACAACUGACUGUACCUGUAUGCU